AUGGCCUCUCUGGCAACGGCCAUCAAAACAGCUUCAUGGAGACCAGGCUUUUAUUCUGCUUAUAGACUGACAUUACGAGCGCUCUCAGCUGCCGUCCGCCAUCACCAAGUCUCGCUGCAAAACCUUCGAGGACUCUACCGACCUAGUUUUCGCAACGCCGCCUUGGUAUAUAGCCUUCAUGAGAGUAAUCCCACCAAGAAAACAGAAGCCUACCUUCGAGAAUGGAACGAACGACUCGACAGGACACUCUCCAUCUUGCACAUAUCGUCGAAAUCUGCUGGGCAGUGUAACAAAAUAGUUCGAAACCUCGCAAAGCUCGCCGACGCGUAUCGCACACGAGUCUAUCUCGAUACGCAGGCGCGUCAGAGGAUGGCAGGCACAUGGAACGGACAAGACAUUUCUCUCAACUCGCGAAACGCACCGAAAGUGAACGACAAAACCGGGGAGCGAGAUCGAGUGCAGCGCAUGGCUUGGAGUGCGCUCGGUGAGAUUGCGGUCGCAGCCGAGAAUGACCUUCGGAUACAUUGCGGACAACUGGAAGACCGGGUACUUCCUUUCAAGCGGCUGACUAUGCCAAGAAGAACGCCUUAUGGACCCACCAAACGCCUCCGAACCACCGUCAGCUUUGUGGGCAAGAAAAUGGUCAGGCCAAAGGAGCUUAGAGUUGGGUAA